UGCGCGAUGACACCGGGCGGAGCGAGUAGACAGUCGCGGAGAGGAGCGGGGAGCAGAGCAGAGGGCGGCCGGAAAAGAAGUCAGGCAACCAGGCAGGCAAGCGCAGUGCACCGCGCAAGGUCUCCGAGAGCUUCACGACGAGAACAACGACAACCGGAGCACAGUUGGGGAUGGCAGUGAAUGUGUAUGCUACGUCCGUGUCUAUUGACAAUCUCAGCCGCCAUGACAUGCUGGCGUGGGUCAACGAUUCCUUGCACCUCACCUACACCAAGAUUGAACAACUGUGUUCAGGGGCGGCGUACUGCCAGUUCAUGGAUAUGUUGUUCCCGGGUUGCAUCCUCCUAAAGAAGGUGAAAUUUCAAGCCAAGCUGGAGCAUGAAUUUAUACAUAAUUUCAAAGUUCUUCAAGCAGCCUUCAAAAGGAUGAGUGUGGACAAGAUCAUUCCGGUGGAAAAGCUGGUAAAGGGAAAGUUCCAGGACAAUUUUGAGUUUGUCCAGUGGUUUAAGAAGUUCUUCGACGCCAACUACGACGGGAAGGAGUAUGACCCCAUGCUAGCCAGGCAGGGGCAAGACGUGGCCCCUGCUCCUAACCCAGGUGAUCACUUUAGCCACAAACCAAAGAGAACUCCAGGACCGCAGAGGACGUCUCCGACAGUGCCCAAAAACAUGCCGACGCCACAGCGGGUCCAACACAACAACCCGGCCUUGAGGAAGAACUCCACUCUAUCCCGAAACGGCGGCAGUGACGCGGAGAUCACAGAGCUCAAUCAACAGUUGAUGGAGUUGAAGCUGACUGUCGACGGGCUAGAAAAAGAAAGAGAUUUUUAUUUCAGUAAACUACGGGAUAUCGAGCUUAUCUGCCAGGAACAUGAGAGUGAGAGCAACCCGGUACUCAGCAGGAUAAUCGAAAUCCUUUACGCCACAGAGGAGGGCUUCGCGCCUCCAGAAGAUGAAGAACUUGACGAACAAGCCCACCUGGACCAGGAUGAAUACUGAACACAGCCCUAUCGCUCUCCUCUUUCGUUGUUUGAUUUCUACUUUGUGCACGCUCUUACCUAUUAAAAUCACUGGCCACCUUCCCACCCCUCACUUAUAACUUCAUUCCCCAUCCUCAUCACAUGUUACUUUAAGCCGUCAACCAACCCACAGCCGUACGUCAACACGGUUAUCACCGAGAAGACAGGUCUGUAAAUACAGUAAACACGUUUUGGAUUUUUGCUCGAUAAGGGGUUACAGUAUUUAUUUUGCCUUGGGUGCGUGGCGUCGCAGCACUUUUGAAACGCACCGCAACAACAAUAACAACAACAAAAACUCAAGUGACUUUUUGAUAGCAGUUUUUCUUAUUUAUUUAACUUAUAGUUUUUGGAUCACCUUGUAGCAGAAACCUGCUGUACGAGAAAACUUGACGCGAAGCUUUUUUGGUUUCUGCUCGAGCGGGUUUAUAGUACGUAGAGGGACAGUACUUCGACGGAUGGGAUCGGAACGUAAUGAUUAUUAUGAUUGACCAGCCACAUAUCUGAGCAUGAGAAUGUGAUACAUUGACUGUGAAUGAGUGAUAUUUUGUAAAAAUGUAUUUCAUGUGGAUAUUCUGUCUUAUGUCAUGCUGGUAAAUGCAACAUGUUUUUUUUUUUGGUUAGGCUAAUGACCAGUCAAAGGUGGCAAACAUUAUAACUCGUAUGCAUAGAUUGCCAAAUGAUGGAAAGAAUUUGGAUUUGAGAUGGUUUAAGUCACUAAUCAUACAGUCAUUGGGUGAUCUAUGAAAAUGUGACUUCAUCUAGGUCUGGGCAGGCCAGAUGUUAAAUGCAACAUUUCAUUUUUUUAGUCUGUUACAAGGUUGACAAGAUUCAAUUCUUUAGCUGCCAUUGACGUGGAUAGAUGUCCAAUCCAUUUGAACAAGGAGGGGCUGGCAGCAAUCGAAUGAUCGGAUAUCUGUUGCCGUCAAUAGCGGUCGUUUAAACAAGUCUCCGUGUUGCCUCCUGUUUUGCUUCUUUUUUUUUUUUUUUUUUUUUAUUCAUUUUGCAAAUCGCUUGAGAAGUGAAAUUCAUACACAGCAUAAACAUCAUGGACGGAACGGAACGCUCGUCAUUUGGAGUUUUCAAUAAACAAUUGUGAAAUUAAUUGUCCUCUUUUUGUAAGGAUUCCCUUGAGACAUAUGACUGCAUAAAACUGUGAACUACAUAUAAAAUGGCAUAGUAUAAGUUUUCCAUUCUCUUCUUUGGGAACCAUAAUUUUUACGGUAGGUUUUCGUCGAUGAAAAUCAGGGUAGAAAAAUAUGGAUACUGCAAAUUAGAAAAAAAAAAGCUGUUCAAUAUGUAACCGAUAGCUGAGAUUCAAGCAUACACCAUCACCAAUUUGGCUGUUUUUGACAUUUUUGUUGUUUUUUUUUGCUCAAAGACUUAACAUUGUUUUAUUGGAACAUUAUCGAGACAGAUUUAUGUAUCAAUACGCCACUGGUGCAUACCAAUAAAUUUAAACAGCAAACUACGGUGGCACUUUCUAUUAACCCUUAGUCAGGCACCUACAGUAUUUUACUUACUUGCUGCUAUUGACGGCACUAGACGUCCAAUCCAUUUUGACUGGGAAACAUUGGCAGGAAAUGAUCGCUGCCAAAUGGCAUUGAAACAUGAGCAUUCAUAGUCAAUCCUCCAAGUUUAAAUGAAAUGGUCUUAUUGUUGUCAAGAGCGGACAAUGAGUUACGUUUUAUGUAUGUAUGUAUAUAUAUAUAUGGCAGAAAACACAGACGAGACUGAAAAAGCAUUUUCUGCUCUUGCACUCCUUUUUAAAAGAAACUGCUGUAUUUUAAGCCAAAACAACUGUUGUGUUCGAUAGAACAAUAUGUCUAUAUUCCACCAUAGCAGAUUCAUGGCGUAUCAAGCCCCCGAACUAUUUUUAAUUUGUCCGUUUUACCCUGGAAAUCCCAGUUUACAGAUGUCGCGCAACCACUUUUGUUUGAACCCAGCCAUAAAACAAAGG